UUGUCAUUCCCAUCAUCCAGUUCGGCGCGCGGAAUUAGAUUUUUGUUGUGAAGUGUUGCUCCUGUGCCGUCCUCUGCUUGUCAUGCGACUUAUUGAUGUGUGCUGACGGUUAUUUUCAUAGCUAUGUAGCGAGCGACUAAUAGUCGAAAAGCCCAGUUCAUACAGGAACAGCCGACAGGAACAAGCAGCAAAUGAUGUCCCCAAGGCAAAACUUUGUCAACACCCUUUUUAUCCAAUAAGAUUGUGUCCAGGCGCUGUGUGUCCUGAGUCCUGUCAGUGGGUGGAGGAUGAGCACUCCUGGACUUAACAGCAGCAGCAGCAGCAUCACCGCUGCGUUGAGCGGAGCCUCCAGACCAGCUGACCUCUUUGAAGAUUUAUGGCAGCAGCUCAGAGAUUGCCACCAAAAAGCACUUCAAGAAUUGGAAGCAAAAGUGAGCAAGCUGAAAAAAGAACGCUGUUUAGAUGCACAGAGACUCGAGGAGUUUUACAGUCGCAACCAGCAGCUGAAGGAGCAGCACAAAACCCUGCAGAGCACCAUCAGUCUCCUAGAGGAAAGGCUUCGGGAAGGUGUGUGUGAUCGAUGUGCCAUCUUGGAGGAAACCAUGAAAAAUAAGCAGAAUCAGAAUCUGCACCUCAUCGCAACGCUCAAGAAUGAAAAAAACAGCCUUGAGGAUGAAAACAGAAGGCUAAACGCUGAGCUGGAAAAACUGAAGGUGUCUCGCAGCCCAGAGCCACAGCAGACCUCUCCGGAACAGGAAGAUGGCGUCAUUCCAGACUCGCCGAUCCUGCCCAGCUCCUUGCCCAUGGCAAACAAACUGAAGAGACGCAAAAAUAACAACAAAUCCAAGCAUGUUCGCUAUGCCGAGAUGCCUCUACUGCAGUGUCACAGCUCGCUCUUCAGUGAGGUGCAGCUCAAGCUGAAAAAGGAGUCUCUUGAAGUUUCGGAGAACCAUGGCAAAGCAGAUGUACUCGUACCCGAAACAUGCCAGAUGGACACAUCCCAGACCUUGAAUAUGAGUCAUCCUCUGGAGGAGGUGGUGGCUGAGACUUGUGGCUUUGACCUUCCUGACUGCCUGAGUACAGAGACAGCUCCAGGCCUGCAGAGCAGCUCGAAAUCUCCCAAUAAGUGUAAAGGUCGUUUAAGGCUUCAUCAGCCCUCCCUCGCGUCUUCAUCCACACUGACCCACUGUCUGGACUCGACCUUGGAAAGGUCUCCAUCUCUGCUGCCCAGCGUCAAACGGGGCUCAGGCGACAGCUACCUUCACAUCGCCAAACGGAGGAAGGAGGAGGACCACGAGGUGCAAGAAGAGAAGAAACAGAAGGAAGGCCAGCAGACGCUGCCUGAGCUGAUCAAACGUCCCUCCACCCCUCUCAAGGAGCCACCUGACCAAAAGGUUCUGUCAGCACAACACGGAGCUUCAGGCCACAAGUCAGACGGUUCCUGUGUCAGCCCUUUUCCCAAGAGGACAAACAGGAAGACUAACGAAGACGUGAACGGAGAUGUGGACAGUCACAGUGUUGGGAGGAAAAGAACCCCCCUGCAGGAUGUGAACGCCUCCCUCGCUCCACCCGCCCCAGCUGAUGGGAUGUGCCAUGUGGAGCCCAUGUGGAGUAUUGACCCAGCAGUGAUUCUGUCCAUGUAUGACAGUGAGUCCUGCGCAGCUGACCAGGAGCAGCAUGUGGAGCCGGUGGAUAAUGACUGCACUUUGAUCAGUCACAGCCUGCUUCAGCUUCAGGACGGGGGGGUCCCACCCAGAGACAGCAGUGUGUCUGGUGCAUGUAAGAAGGCAGAUGACAGUUUGGAUCAAAUGUUUGACACUACAGCCUAUGGAGAGUACAAGUCUUACAACAUGUCACCUUCCUGCCACACCCAACCCCUCCAUCAGCAUGGUGAUCAUGAUGAUGAUGAAGAGGAGGAGGAGGAGGAGGAAGAUGAGCACAAUCCUCCUGAAAACUCUCCAGCUCAGAGUAAAGAAAACAAAGCAAGAGGUCCAACAUUUGCACAUGUGGCAGUAGUUCGCAAGAAAGACGAAAGACGAAAACUGAAAGGUACCACGUGCAAGGAGUGUGAAACUUAUUACGCCCAUCUUCCAGAAGAGGAAAGACAAAAGAAGUUGUCUGCCUGUUCAAGGCAUCGCUUCCGGUAUAUUCCUCCAUGUACUCCUGAAAACUUCUGGGAAGUUGGAUUCCCAUCAACUCAAACCUGCAUUGAAAGAGGUUAUAUCAAGGAAGAGAAGAAUCCACAGGCACGCUUACGGAGAAGACAACCUUUCAAUGCUUUGUUCUCCCCAAAAAGCAAGGAGAGGGACACCUAACAAAGUUUUUUUUUUCCUACAAAAAAAUCUGAUUUUACCCAUUUACCUUUGUAAAGAGGCUUGACACUAAUUUGAAACUGUGAAACUUGUAAUAACAUAGCUUAUUUAUACAUGAGUCUUUUUUAAUUUGUAUUUGUACCACAGGUGAUUAUCUUUAAGGAACAGUUCAUCCAAAAUAGAGAAAAAAGAUAUUUUCCCAGGUAUUUGUUGUGCAGUCUAUUCAGUUUCUGUGAGAUUUGGCAGGGUUUCCAGUAUGUGGCAAUAACCCAUCUCUCUGCGCCUCAGUACAGGCAGAUUGAUCCGUGUGCCAGUGUUCUUUGACAUGAAACUGUUGAGGGCUGUGCCUUACGUCAGGUCUCUGUGAUUGUUUUUGCAUGCUUGGGAGCCUGGGAAACCUGCGGCACACUGCUGGAUAGACAGCACCGGGGAUAGGUGAAAGUUUGUCAGCUUGUUUUGUGUACAUGUUUGUGUAUUUCACAUGAACGUUCCCUUUGGUGCUUUGAAUAUAUUUGGAUAAAUAAAUGGACAUUUUUUUUAAACUGUU